CUCAGUCCCGGGAAACACUCACCUCAGCGGGCGUCGAAGCGAGAACAGCUGAGCGGCCCCGAGCAAGGGCCCCUGUGGACAGCCCCAGGUGCAGUCCAGCGGCCCGGCGCGGAAGCCCUGGGGGCUGCGGCGCGUCCCUGGGGUCCCGCUCUCUAGCGCCAGGAGGCGGAGAAGGAGGCGGCGACCGGUGGGCACUGGACCUAUACAGCGCCACGGAGCUGGGGGGCGGGCGCGGGAGCGGGCGGAGACCCGGCCUUCCACCACCGAGGGAGGCCGGCCGCAGACCUCAGCGGACGCGCGCGCUUCUCCGACAUUCCUUCCAAGGUGGCGGGAGACGCCCACUCGGAUGAAAGGAGAGAGAGGGAGGAGCCCCAGGCCCCGCCGCCUCUCUGGAGCACCAUCCAGUUGCACGCACGUCCAGGCCCGCGUCGGUCUCCGAAAGAACAGUCGCGGUCCCUUUAAGAGGGCGGGACAUGCGAGCCCGGGCGGCCAGCAGGGCGGGCGCUGUGCAUGUUGGGAGUUGGAGUUCUUUUUACCCAACCUGUCAUCCACCUUUUCCCAAGAUCUCCUCCCAGGGGGCGUGUGGCCUGGAAACCGCAGAGCUGGUGGCCGGAUCUAGGUGCUCGCGAGGGGCUGGGUGAAAGACAGCCCCUCAGCCACACCGAGGAAGACGCCGGGAGGACCGAGAGAGGUGCGCCUGGGGGCCCGGGGCGAGAGGUGGCCGGGUGCGCCUGCGCAGAAGCGCCGCCGGGGGCCGGCGAGAAGUUGGGGGAGCGCCCGAGUGAGAAUGCAUAAGCUUAAAUCGUCUCAGAAGGACAAAGUCCGCCAGUUUAUGGCAUUUACUCAGGCUGGUGAAAGAACUGCUAUAUACUGUUUAACGCAGAAUGAGUGGAAACUAGAAGUGGCAACAGACAACUUCUUCCAAAACCCAGACUCAUUCUACAAAGAAUCCAUGAAAAAUUCAAUAGACAAGAAGAAACUAGAACAGCUGUAUAACAGGUACAAAGACCCACAAGAUGAAAAUAAAAUUGGAAUUGAUGGGAUUCAACAGUUUUGUGAUGAUUUAAGCUUAGACCCUGCCAGUAUCAGUGUUUUGGUCAUAGCAUGGAAAUUCAGGGCAGCUACUCAGUGUGAAUUUAGCAAAAAGGAAUUUGUUGAUGGCAUGACAGAGCUUGGGUGUGAUAGCACAGAAAAGCUGAAAGCUCUUUUGCCAAGAUUGGAACAAGAGCUUAAGGACACAGUAAAAUUUAAAGAUUUUUAUCAGUUUACCUUUACCUUUGCUAAGAACCCUGGGCAAAAAGGUUUAGAUUUAGAAAUGGCUGUUGCAUAUUGGAAUUUAGUAUUAUCUGGAAGAUUUAAAUUUUUAGAUCUUUGGAACAAAUUUCUAUUGGAACAUCACAAAAGAUCAAUCCCAAGGGACACUUGGAACCUUCUACUAGAUUUUGGAAAUAUGAUCGCAGAUGAUAUGUCUAACUACGAUGAAGAAGGAGCUUGGCCUGUUCUUAUAGAUGAUUUUGUAGAAUAUGCACGGCCAGUAGUCAAAGGUGGAAAGCACAGCACUUUUUAAACAGAAGAAUUAAGAUGGAUUAAGAUUGUAAAAUGAAUCACAUCCUGUAAGGAGACAUUUGUGUCAGUUACUGGGUACAUUUGUCAUUGAUUUCAGAAGUCAUCCUUGACCAGGAGUGAAACUGAAAUAGCUAUCUUAUUCUUCUUAAAGAAAAUGGUGGCUGAUUUAUGGACACCUAAGAAAUUCCUCAGAAGAUGGCUGCUUUGGAAUAUUUGCUUUAAGCAUGAUUUUUAUACUUAGAAAAAGUAACAUAGAGCCCAUUUUGCAGUACUGCAGAGCAUGCUAUUUAAUUCAUAAUUUAAGGUGAACACCAGCAGUUUCCAAAACUCCUGCUAAAUUAUAUUGUAAUUAUAUUUUUAAAAAAAAUUUGUGUUCUCAAGUGGGAUGUUGUAUUUUUAUACAACUCAAAGCUGUUAAAAAUGUGCCCUAAAGAUGAUCUUGUAAUGGAUUCCAACAUUUUUUUAAACUUAAUGCCAGGAAUUCAAGAUUUAUAUUUUUUGAAUUAUCAAAUAUCUAGAUUUAAUGGCUCUAUUUUUGUUUGUUUUAAUUUUCUCUAGAUGUUCAUCUGAAAAUCAUUUUAUAGUUUUUAAUUCACCAUUAUAGUUUGCCCAGUGAUGGCCAUAUGUUUUGUGUGAUUUCAGGAAAGUUUUAUUUUAAAGUGUUUACAAAUCAGCAGGCCUAUUUUACGUCUAAUAAUAUUAUUUGAACUUCCUAUGAAGUAUCUUAAAAGUUUGUUUUUUUAAAAUAUAUUUUAUUACACUUAAAAAGACAUUUUUCCAUGAAAAAUAUUUCUUUUACAAGUAAUGAAUUACAGAUUUAAAAUCAAUUGAGCUGGUUCCUUUCAACUAUCUGUGAUAUCUAUAAUGUCUGGCUUCCAGCACUUUGUACAAAUUGUACUCAUUUGGAAGCUAAAAUAUACAGCAUUGUCAAAAAAAGAAGGAAAAAGAAACCCACCAGAAACCUUCAUCUUGAAUUUGAGAGUUGAAUUCUUUCUUAGCAUCAUGUUAUCAUCUGUUUUUCCUGAUCUCUGCACAGCACAAGAAUGAAUUAUAUGUUGUCUCAAGGCACAGAAAGCCGAAGAUGCUGCCCUGCUCUUCAUUUGGAAAAGCUCUGUGUAGACUUUUGAAAAUCACUCUCUAUUGACCCUACCUCAUAUUUGAAAGGAGGAUCUUAUCGUAUUUGAUCUUCACAUUAUAAGUGUGCCUUGUUUUGCCCUAUUACAUUACAGUUUAUGAAACAGAUACAUUGGGGGUUAUUUUAUAGGAUAAAGAGGGACAGAGAGAAACUUAACCUCAGAUUUCCUGUAAAAUAGAUAGCAUGCCUAAAAUUUGUAGUUUGAUUUGACAUCCAAAAAUGUGAUUCAUUCAGUGUCUUAGGAAACUUCUAUUUAUAACAUGAGGUACAUCUGUUUAUGUAUACUUGCUGUGGUAUGAACUAUUUAUGCUUUUACUAGAAGUCUUAAAUGAGGGCAGCAGGGGAUGGAGGAUUGAAAAAUGAACUUGAAGUUGGAAGACCAAGGCCUAGGGCUGAGUCUGCCACUAACAGCUGCAUGACCUGGGGCGAGUCACUGUUUCUGUAUCGAUAAAAGGAAAAAUAGGCCAUCUCUACCUUUAAAUGCCUGGGAUUCUAAGAAAACAUUUAUUUAACAUAACAAAAGCUGGCUUUAUUGAAAACCCCCCAAAUUUAAAAGGAUCCUUCUAGGCUUUGUGGAUUCUUGACAUGUAUGUGUUCUGUUAAGGGAAAUUUACAAUCUCAGAUAAAUCUAUGUAAAUUAUGGAGGUUUGUGAUACUUUUAUAUUAUUAAGUCUUAAAGUUCUAUGGGGUUGUUAAUCAGUAGUUACCAAAAUAUUAGUAAAUGAACAAAGGCUUUUCAAAAAAUUAUGGGUUUAUUUUUUCUAUUAUAUACAUUUAAAUCAGUGUAAGCUAUUAAAUGCUAAAAAGUUCAGAGACAUUAAAAUAAAUUAUUUUCUCUGGUGGGUUGUGGUGGUAUCCUUUUAAAUUCUUUUCUUAGUUGCUUAGAUGCUUGCCACUAGAUGUCAGUAUCUUAGUCUUUGGUAACAUGGCGCAAAAAGGAAAACUGUAUUUAUAGUAACCAAUAAAUAAGCUCCUUUAGAAGCUUUUCAAACGUUGUAUCUAAUUUGCUACACCUUAGUUAAAUAAUCAUGUCCUAAAAUAGGUUAAAUAAUUGUUUUUUCCCAGUUUCAUACAGUGCUGUUAAAUAUGGUUGUUUCCAUAUGAGAAAUUAUAGAUCUCAUAAAUUCACAAUAUACAAUUUCCUUGAGUCUGUAGAAAUUAUAUACCAGAAUACACUGUAAUAUAAAUUGUAAAUGUAUUGAAAAAUAACAUAAAUAAAGCAAACAUAAUAGAUUUAAGAAAUACAUAUUACCCUGUAGAGUGCCUACCAAAAAUUUCUGGAAUAAACAUCUUUCUCUCUUAGUGACAUAAUAUAUGUAGUUCUGGUUUUUUUUUAAACUUAAAGAAUCAGCCAAAAACAAUUUUGAAUAUUAUGCAUUUUAAAUAGGCACAGAUAAAAAUGAGUCACGAAAUGAAGCUGAGAAUGCAAAAGAAAUCAGCCGAGGACUGUAUUUCUCCCCUCAACAAUAUGUAUUUCUGCCUAACAUGCUGCUCCACUUAAGAUGGUUGGCUGUGUAAAUAAAAUAGUUGUACCUCAUUUCUGAGUUUCAUUGUUUUGCUUUGUCUUGUUUGGCAACCUACAUAAAUAGCAACUAAGAACCACCUGUAAUGGUUUUGAAGGACUCUUUGUUUCAGAAUCUCUCAGAAUUGUGCUAACUUGAAUAAUAUUCCAGAACCUCAUUUUUGGAAGUUGCUGGUAUAAUACUAUAUAUUUUUAAUGCAUGUUAGCACCUUACUAUAUACUUAAAGACAUUGUAUUUUUAAAAUUUAAAUUUAGUAUUUAUUUCUUAAGUCCAUUUGUAACUCCCUCC